CAUACACACUCACACAUAGGCACACACAUAAUGCUUAAAGCAAUGACAACACCAGCAAUACUGUCAGCAGAGUUCGCGGCUGCUGCUGCUGCUGCUGCUGCUGCUGCUACCAUGGAUGAUGAUGUCCCAACGAGCAUUUUGGAAAUAGAACUGCCUGCCAUUCUGCUCAACGAGAGCCUCUUCAUCGAGCUGAAUGGCAAUCUAAGCCAACUGGAGGACACGGCCGUCAAUCUGAGCCAAAUCAUUUGGAAUCGCAGCGAUGCCAGUGGCAGCAGUGCAAAUGGCAAUGGUAAUGGCAGCCCCAUCUUUGGCCUGGAUGAGCAGCGAAGGGCGGCCAGCGAGCGGGAGGCAGCCGAGUUCUGGCUGCUGGUCAAGAUGAUCGCCAUGGCCGUUGUGCUGGGCCUGAUGAUACUCGUCACCAUUAUAGGCAAUGUGUUUGUAAUUGCCGCCAUUAUACUGGAGCGAAACCUGCAGAACGUUGCCAAUUAUUUGGUUGCAUCUCUGGCAGUUGCUGAUUUAUUUGUUGCCUGUCUUGUCAUGCCACUCGGCGCCGUCUACGAGAUAAGCAAUGGCUGGAUACUGGGACCGGAACUUUGUGACAUUUGGACAUCUUGUGACGUACUUUGCUGCACAGCAUCCAUACUGCAUCUGGUGGCCAUUGCGGCGGACAGAUAUUGGACGGUCACCAACAUUGACUACAACAAUCUCCGGACCCCGCGGCGUGUCUUUAUGAUGAUAUUUUGCGUCUGGUUUGCCGCCCUCAUUGUGUCCCUGGCACCGCAGUUUGGCUGGAAGGAUCCGGAUUACUUGAAGCGCAUCGAGGAGCAGCACUGCAUGGUUUCACAGGAUGUGGCCUAUCAGAUAUUUGCCACCUGUUGCACGUUCUAUGUGCCGUUGCUGGUGAUUCUGUUUCUGUAUUGGAAAAUCUACAUAAUUGCCAGGAAGCGCAUACAAAGACGCACGCAAAAGUCCUUCAAUGUGACGCUGACGGAAACGGAUUGCGAUUCGACGGUCCGCGAGUUGAAGAAAGAGCGCGGCAAGCGGCGCGUGACAGAGCGGAAGCGGCAGGAGGCUGGUGAGGCGACAUCCGCUGGCGGCACAGAGGGGCAUGUGCAGCGGCAAAGGCUCAAGCGAAUGCGAAUCUGCUUUGGCCGCAACACGAACACGUAUGGGAUCUGUGCCGGAUCGGAGGGUGCCGUGGCUCGAUCAAUGGCCGCCAUAGCCGUGGACUUUGCCAGCCUGGCCAUCACGCGGGAGGAGACAGAGUUCAGCACCAGCAACUACGACAACAAGAGCCAUGCGGGCACCGAGCUGACGACAGUCUCCAGUGACGCGGAAGAUUACCGCACCAGCAACGCUAAUGAAAUCAUCACGCUGUCGCAGCAGGUGGCCCAUGCCACGCAGCAUCAUCAGAUAGCUUCCCAUCUGAAUGCCAUUACCCCGCUCGCCCAGUCGAUUGCCAUGGGCGCCAGCAACCUUGCCACACCCACGGCGGGCACGUGCACGGAGGAGAGCGUAGGAGCACUGGGCGAAGCCAGCAGCAGCCCUGGCAAGGGCGCUGGCAUGGGCGUAGGCAUAGGCAUGGGCACUGUACUCUCCAGCAUUGCCAAUCCACACCAGAAGCUGGCCAAGCGGCGGCAGCUGCUAGAGGCAAAGCGCGAACGCAAGGCAGCCCAGACUCUAGCCAUCAUCACGGGCGCCUUUGUCAUCUGCUGGCUUCCCUUCUUCGUGAUGGCCCUGACAAUGAGCCUGUGCAAGGAAUGCGACAUUCAUCCGGCCGUUGCAUCGCUUUUCCUUUGGCUGGGCUACUUCAACUCCACACUGAAUCCGGUCAUUUAUACAAUUUUCAAUCCGGAAUUUCGACGAGCCUUCAAGCGUAUUCUGUUUGGCCGCGGAAAUGCGGCGCGGGCUCGCAGUGCGAAAAUUUGAUUUCAACUGAAGGCCAACGGGGACCAGUAUCUAUGAUUAAGGUGAAACCCCCCCCGCAAAAAGUCUGGCAAAGCCAAUACUCGUGCUCUUGGGAGGGAGGAGC